AGACUUGAACUCAGUAAUAAAUUGCUAAUAAAACGAAUUUAAUCAUUUUAUUUUGUUUGAUAAUUUGACUGGGUGAAAGUUUGUGUGAUUACAGAUGAUUUCGUGAACAGGCUGAAACAGUGAAGUCGGGUUGUGCAAUUUCUCCAAGAUGCCCAACAGCAGCACCCCUGGAGCAACAAGGCCAAAACGGAGGCGCAGACGAAGAGGUCCCAGAGAGGAGCCUGCUAGAAAUGAACUGGUUUCCAGUUCUCUGGAGAGCGCCCAGCAAUGUCUGUUCAAUCAGGACUAUGGCACUGCUUUUGUCCACUACCUCCUGGCUCUAAACCUGGCCCCCGUCCUGAAGGAUCUGGCAAAAGAUUCUUUCCGGUUCACUCUAUUCAAGUGGGCUGACGAGCUGGACUCUCUCGGCCGCAUUCAGGAUCUUUUUGACAGCUAUGAACAAGCUCUGGAGUUGUUUCCCACUGACGAGGUGAUCAUCAACAGCAUGGGAGAGCAUCUCUUCAGGAUGGGUUUUAGGGACGAGGCUGCAGCCCAUUUCUACAAAGCUCUUAAACUGAGGCCGGAUUUCCCAGAGGCUAAGGAGAACUUCUAUCGUGUGGCCAACUGGUUGGUGGAGCGCUGGCAUUUUUUAAUGCUUAACGACCACAGAAGAAACCGUAAGUACCAGCUUGCUAUACAGCGGGCGGUACAGGAAGGAUGCAGCACAGUUCUGGAUAUCGGAACCGGAACGGGCAUCCUUGGGAUGUGUGCGAAAAAGGCCGGGGCGAGUGAGGUCUACGCCUGCGAGCUCUCUAAGACCAUGUACGAACUGGCAUGUGAGGUGGUCUCAGCCAACAGCAUGGCGGAUAGCAUCAAGAUCCUUCACAUGAAAUCAAUGGAGAUGCAAAUUCCUAAAGAUAUUCCCAGCAGGGUAUCUCUGGUCGUGACAGAAACUGUGGACGCCGGACUGCUGGGAGAGGGAAUCAUUGAGAGUUUGAUUCAUGCCUGGAAGCACCUGCUCCUACCCCCACCUAACACUGACGAUCCACAGUCCAGUCCAUCACAGUCGGGCAGAGUCAUACCUGCUGGUGCCACCGUGUUUGCGAUGGCUGUACAGUGCCCAGAGAUCCGACGACACCACAGGGUGGGUGUGAGUGCAGUAGGAGGUUUGAACCUGGCUGCAGCCGGACUGAUCCACAGUCCUGUACGGAGUUCGCCGGAUGUGGAUGAAGCAGCCGAGCCGUACACUACUGAGAGACUGAGUCGAGUUCCGGGAGGUUUCACUGCCCUCACACAGCCCUGUAAAGUCAUGCAUAUAGACUUCAAUAACCCACAGGAGUUGGAACGCCUGUGCCUGAGGGACACGUCCAUACUGCAGGUGAAGGUGAUCCAGGAUGGGCUGGUGGAUGCUUUGGCUGUGUGGUUCCAGCUACACCUGGAUCAGGAGAACAGCAUCUCAACGGGCCCAGACGAGGACACGUGCUGGGAACAGGCCGUCUACCCUGCUCCAUUCGACUGUAGGGUGAAGUGCAAUGACGAACUGCUGGUGGAAGUGUCCUGCAAAGAUGCCUACCUGAGACUCGCCUGUACUGGUAGAGUAAGAAAUGGUCAGACAGUGUCCAUCGGCAGCCAAAGUGAAGACACCUCAUCCUUGGUUCACAGCAACCCUGAAACGGAACUGUGCAGUGCCUUGGCCGGCCUCCAGACCCACCAGGACGCUCCGAAUGGCCCAUUCACACUAGAGUGCUCUGAAAUUGCUCUGCUCAAUAACACCCCCUACCAUGAGUGUUUUCAGACAGCGAUGGCAAAACUUCUGUCCUCGCUUAGUUCUACCCAGAAGUCUCAAGGACCAAAAGACAACCCCUCCUCCUCAGGGCCGCUGUACGUCCUGGAUGUAUCGGAGGGUUUCUCCGUGCUCUCUCUGAUCUCUGCGCAGUUAGGGCCGGUGCGGGCCUACAGCUCGGUGGAGAAGCAGCAGCACCAGGCUCUCUUGCGCCUCCUGACUCGGGAGAACAGAGUGCAGAAGGAGGCGCUGGAGUUCUGGCUCGGUGUUGUAGAGGACGACUCGGCACUGCUGCAGAGGCCAGACUCGGACAAGCUGUGGAGCGCAAUCAUGCUGGACUGCGUCGAGAUCUGCGGCCUGAUCAGGCAGAACGUGAUGGAGAAGGCCACCCUGGCGAGGUGUCUCCUGGAGGAAGGUGGACGCAUUUUCCCAGAGCGCAUUGUGAUUAAUGGCAUGCUGGUGGAAUCGGACACGCUGCUUCAGGAGAGCGCGGUGCAGGGAACAGAGCCCACACUGGGCUUCAACAUCGCCCCCUUCAUCAACCAAUUCACGGUACCUGUUCAUGUGUUUUUGGAUUUGUCCACACUGGAGUGCACACACCUCAGUGAUCCAGCGGAGCUCUUCAUCCUCGACCUCAUGAACGGCAGCGCCAACUGCAGCAGCAGAGAAGUUCGGAUACGAGUGAGAACUUCUGGUAGAGUGACGGCUGUUCCCUUCUGGUACCUCAUCUAUCUGGACUCGGACGUGUCUGUGAGUACGUACAGGCCGGACUCUCACUGGAAGCAGGCGGCCGUCAUCCUGCAGCGCCCUCUGGAGGUGAACGAAGGUGACUGGGUCAGGCUCAGCGUCCAGUUCCAUAAGAGCAGCAUCUCCAUCCAGGCCCACAGAGAGGAGGAGGAGAUCACAGCAGAUGAAGACAGGCCUGUUACCAUAAACAAAGCUUAGAAAGGAAGAUGUUAUUAGUGCCUCAUGCAGGAGAAAAAUUAACUUACCUCUGUUGGUUGCGCCCAUAUUUAGGGCUCGCCACAGCAAAUUUUCGUGCUAGGUUCAGCUGAUGUGGCAGUUUUAGUCCAGAUGCCCUUCAUGAUGCAACCCUACUUAGCUCAUCUGGGCUGGUGACCUGCACUGAGUCCUCACUAAUAAGUGCACCUCCCAAUGGCUAGGCUGGUCGGCCACCCCCACCUCUGACAUAGCCAAUAAUGUCUGUGUAGAUAUCUGACCGACUGAUAGCACCUCUUAAAAUAUGAACCCUGGGAUCAAGCACCUGUGUUACAGAUAUAUGAAUAUAGUUGUUUAAUAGACUAAAGGAUGCACUGAUCUGAUACCAGUAUCAGUUUUGGCAUGAAACCUGGUUUUAUUGGAUUUUUUUGUUUUCUUUUUGUUUGCAUUUUCUUCCAAUUUAGACAUACUUAAUUCCCCAGUGUAACUUCACCUUUUUAUGUAUUCCACUGUUUUUAAUACAUGCCUUAAAUGUGUGACAGUGAAUCUGCUCUCUAUGCAAAGUAGCAUCAGUAUUAUUACCUUAAAUACGUUCAUUGUUGGCUGCAAACUAAGUGUUGAUGAAUAAAACUUUUAAACAACUGUAAUUAUUUAAGUAAAUAAGUAAGUAAUAAAUAAAAUUUAUUUUUGCAUGCCCACAAUGUGUCUGCUAAAUUCCCAUAUGGCCUCUAACCACCAUAAUAUACACUGAUCAGCCAU